CCCCCUUCUUCCCGGCCCUAAGCACUCUCGCCGCCAUGAGCUCUCUAAAGCACUCAGAUCAAUGUCUGCCUCCAUUUGCCUCGGCUGUGGCCGGCCAGCAUCCAUCGGCUGACAUCUUCAGCCGCGACGCUGAUCUGAAUCAGCCCCGAUUCAACCCGACCAAGCCCACCCAGGUGCUCGCCAUCAACACCUCGCAUCUCUGCAACAGUCGGCUGCGAAUGACGGCUCAAUACUGGAUCGACGUUUUGCAAUGGAAGAAUCCGCUCCGUAGCACGGCAAUCUCACUCGCUUGGAUGGUCCUCUGCAUAUUCCCAAACCUGUGGUUCAUCGCUCCACAGAUCUUUGUCAUAUUUUGGAUCGCUGUCAGGCGGCUCUCCAUCAAAUCCAACGCUGCACGCUCCGCGGACACUCCGGCCCAAGCCGGCGGGAAGCUCGGGGCCUCCAGGACUGCAAAGCGAUCCAUGCUCUCUGGCGCGAUCGACGAGGCCGAAACGACAAGGAAUAUCGAAGGAUACAACAAUCUGGUGUUUGUGCAGGAUUUGGUCGACAACCUCCUCGGCGGACUCGUGCGAGCUCACAACCUCCUGGAUUCGAUCGACUGGUCCAACAGCGAGCGCAUGGGCCAGUGGAUCCAGCUGUCGCUCCUCGGCAUCCUCGCUGUCUAUUUCAUCAAUCUGGCUGUCCCUGCAAGAGUGAUCGUCAUGGCUGCGGGGCUGCUCCCGCUCUGGUACCACACCACUCUGGUGCAGUUGCUGCUGGCACUGCUUCCCACCAAGACCUUCCAGGUAAUGGCUAUCACAGCCAUCGGCCUUGACAACAACAAGAAGCCGUCUCAUUCCGCUGUCGGCGAUGUCGAUACCGAUGCCGACUCGGCCGUCGAGCUGUCACAUAGCGACGAUGACUCGGGUCCAACCCAGUCAAACCGCAUCACCAUCGACGUCUUUGAAAACCAGCGCUGGACAAAUUUCAAGUGGACCUCUCGUCUUGGUCCGAACGAGCGAGCCAGCUGGAGUGACAGAACGGGCAAGAUUCAGCAACCAUCGAGAUCCACGAUCGAACUGCCAUCGGAUGAGUGGCGAUGGGACGGCGAAUGGGAGAUGGAUUGCAAGUGGGGCGAAUGCGACCAGAACGGGUGGCAAUACAGUGAUCACCACUGGCAGUGCCCAAGUCCCACCCAGCUGAUUGUCUCGCUCACAAGACGGAAGAGAUGGAUUCGGUCCAUGAUCCGAGUCGACUGCCCCAGCAGCGACUUGUCGUUCAACUCAGGCUCGACCUCGGACGACAACAGCGACUAGAUUUGCCAAUCGUCCGGAUAUGCUUACUCUCCACAUGUAUUGCAUCGUUUCGUAUCCCUCAUCCUCAUGCCCAUCCUGAAUCUUUACCACUGGUGGCUGCCCCCAUCAAUCGAUUCACAUGCUGCACAUUGGUCGUUGCACCGCGCAAUCUUGAUCGU